CCUCUGCCGCCGACGGACGAUGGCGUCCGUCCCCGAGACGCGGCCGGCGCCGCUCGCCGCCUUCACGUCGCUCCUCGCCGCGCGCCGCUUCGGCGCGGCGAAGUCGAUGCUCCCGUCCCUCCUCACCCCCACCCUUCUCGCGGUCCCCUUCGCCGACCUCGCGGCCGGCUCCCUCCCGCGCGCCGCGCCGCGGCACGCCGUCGCGGCCUUCCACGACAUGCUCUUCCGCGCGUACGCAGACGCGGGCGCCCCCGAACGCGCGGCCGAGGCGCUCGACCUCACCGUCUCCCGCCUCGGCAGCCUCGACCCGCGCUCGCUCACCUCGUCGCUGCUCUCGCUCCGCCGGACCGGCCAUCUGCUCCCCGCCGCCGAGCUCCUCAGGAAGGCGCUCGCUUUCUCCCCGGGCUCCAUCACGCCCCUCUCGGCCUCGGUCGUCGUCGACGGCUUCUGCAAGGCCGGCCGCAUGGACGACGCCCGCCGCCUGCUCGACGAAAUGCCAAGGCACGGCGUGAAGCUCAAUGCGUGCUGCUAUAACUCGCUGCUUGACAGCUACACGCGCCAGAAGAACGAUGGACGGGUUGCGGAGGUGCUGAAGGAGAUGGAGAGUGGAGGCGUGGAGCUGACUGUCGGGACGUAUACGAUCCUUGUCGAUGGUUUGUCGAUGGCUGGCGAUAUCAGCAAGGUUGAGUCCGUGUUUGAUGAGAUGAAGAGGAAGAAUGUCGCAGGCGAUGUCUACUUCUACAGUGUGGUCAUCAAUGCGUAUUGUCGGGCUGGGAAUGUGCGGAGGGCGUCUGAGGUGUUUGAUGAAUGCGUUGGCAAUGGCAUCGAGCCGAAUGAUCGUACUUAUGGAGCAUUGAUCAAUGGGUUCUGUAAGAUUGGGCAGAUAGAGGCUGCUGAGAUGUUGCUGACAGAUAUGCAGUUGAGAGGAGUACGACUUAACCAAAUCGUUUUCAAUACGAUGAUUGACGGGUAUUGUCGCCAUGGCAUGGUGGACAAGGCCCUGGAAAUUAAGGCGGUCAUGGAGAGGAUGGGCAUCCAGUUGGAUGUCUAUACAUAUAACACGCUUGCGUGUGGGCUCUGCAGGGUGAAUAGAAUGGAAGAGGCCAAGAAGCUACUGCAUAUCAUGACCGAGAAUGGAGUCAAGUCAAACUAUGUCAGCUACACAACGUUGAUCAGCAUCCAUUCCAAGGAGGGUGACAUGGUAGAGGCAAGAAGGCUGUUCCGAGAUAUGGAAGGUAAGGGGUCAAGACCAAGUGUCGUAACCUACAAUGUCAUGAUUGAUGGGUACAUCAAGAAUGGGAGCAUACGAGAAGCCGAGCGGUUCAAAAAGGAGAUGGAGAAGAAAGGGCUUGUUCCAGAUGUAUACACUUACGCAGCAAUAGUUCAUGGGCACUGUGUCAAUGGGAAGGUGGAUGUGGCACUGCGGUUGUUUGAAGAGAUGAAGCUGAGGGGUGCCAAACCUAACGUCGUGGCAUACACAGCUCUGAUAUCAGGUCUAGCAACGGAAGGCAGAUCAGAGGAGGCCUUCCAGUUGUAUGACAAUAUGUUGGCAGCUGGAUUGACUCCAGAUGAUACUCUAUAUUCUAUGCUUGUUGGGAGCCUCCAUACAGAUAAAAGAAAACAUGAAAUCCCCUGAAGAAUGUAAGGUUUGUCAGGCUUAUUGUUCUUAACAGAUGAUACUGUAAGGGAAUUGACCGAAUCCUCUCUCACAUGAAUCACCGUGAACACCAAGGCUGGUAGCGCUGUUGCCAUGUCCAGGGUUGAUGUGCUACGGGGAUCCGGCGUCGCUACCAGUUUGAGGCAGGACCGCAGAAAGGCUGGCACAACACUGAUUUGGUGCUCUACCAGUCCGAUGCCGCCGAAUACCUCCACAUGGAGGAGCGUGGAGGAGGACAUCAUGUAAGGUCUGGUUUGGCUACAAUACAGUCAGUAUUGAAAGAUUUGCGUUCUCUGUUCUUGCCAAAUUGCAAUCAAUUUAAAGUUCUACCACCAUUCUGGAUUGUGCAACUUUUACAUAGAGAAGGGGCGGAAACGAGGCGACAAGCAGAGAUCUGGUCUACACCCUAUACACUAUCCUAUCCGAAAAGUUCUGCUCUCUGGAAGUUCCAUGGUUAACUUAUUAUGCU